AAUAUUAUUAAUGAUAGAGAGAUAAAAAGAAGUUAUAUUAUACAAUGGACUUGAUUAUUGGUACUCACCCAAAAGUGCGCAUGUUCGAGACACUCACCUUUUUUAAGUAACUUAUGGCGGGCGGAAUGGGUGAGGUAAGCCCUUUAACGGCUUUGCAAUUACAGUAAAAUAUUUACUGUUAAAGACACAUGCUUGUCGGUAAGCGCUUUUAAGGCAUUUUUAAUGGAGUUGUUUAUAAGUAAUUUCACGUGCUACAUCGGCUUCAUUUUUUCCUUUUUCUUAAGAACUGGUGUUUAUAUAAGCAAUUUUGAUAAAUUUUAAAUAAUUCACUUGUUCCUUUUUAGGCUGAUAUAAUAAGUGUGAUUGCUUAUAAACAACUUCAUUGGAGGUGCUCUUAUACAACGUAAUGCGAAUCACGUGAUUGAAUCUAUGUCACCGGAUACACCUGACACUUUACUUUAUCCUUUACUUAAAUGGAAUCUUUCCUCUAAUUACACUAUAUUGUAUAUUUUUUCAUUCCGAAUCUCAACUAAUCGUUUUUAAGGAAUACUAAAACUUCACUUUCACCAAAUCAAUAAACUAUAAGAGGAAAUUAGGAAUCAGUGUAUGUCACAUUGUCACCCUUAGUUAAGACAAAUUUAUGAUUAAUUUAUUUACAAACUUCAAAAUCAGAACAAGGUAAUUCUAACGUUGCAAUCAUAUUAGUAUAAGGAGAGAUGAGUCCAGCAUCAGAAAAGUGUUAAAAGAGCAUAAAAACUUGGGUAAUUAUUUCAUUCACCCACAUGCUUUGUAGCAAAGUGAUCGGUGUCUAACACGCUACGCUAUGGAAUCAUUUUGUUUAAAUAAAGUUGGGUGUGAAUUAUCACUUCCUUGAUUUUAGAACUAACUGUUCCAUUCUUUAAUAAAUAAAAAAUUAUUGAGACUAACUUUUGAUUCUUUUGAGAAGAUGAAGAAAGGAAUAGAACAACCAGUAUAAGAACACGACAAUGCAGAACAUACGCAGAUCAGAGCUGAGGUGUAUUCUUGAAUCAAGUUUACAAACAGUGGAAAGGGUCUUCCUGAAUGCACUUUUCAAUUCAUCACAGCCACACAAUCUCCCUUUACCGUGUCUCUGGCAAUGGAAAGCCUCUCAGAAUUGGAAAAUUUGAAAGAAGAACCUCUUCUGAGCAAGCAGAACUCCAACCCCAAGGGCGGCUUCAGAACCUUACCUUUCAUCAUAGCAAAUGAGGCUUUUGAGAGACUGGCUAGCCUUGGGCUAAUGCCUAACAUGAUAUUGUACUUGACAAGAGAGUAUGGCAUGCAGACUGCAGAAGCCACUAAUUUUCUCUUACUAUGGUCCGCUGCCUCCAAUUUCACACCCUUCAUUGGUGCUGUCCUUUCAGACUCCUAUGUGGGUCGAUAUUCCAUGAUUGCCUUUGGAUCUAUGGCAAGCUUAUUGGGAAUGAUUCUUCUAUGGUUAACAACUUUGAUUCCUAUGUCAAAGCCAGUUUGUAACCAAUUUACCAGCAGCUGUAAUAACUCCCCCACAACAAUUCAGCUUUUGAUCUUGCAUUCUUCCUUUGCUCUCAUGUCCGUUGGGGCUGGAGGCAUAAGAUCAUGCUCCUUGGCCUUUGGUGUUGAUCAGUUGAGUAAGAGGGACAAAGAUGCAGGAAUCCAAGAUAGCUACUUCAGUUGGUAUUAUGCUGCUGUAUCAAUGUCAUCACUGAUAGGUUUAACUGUUGUUGUCUACAUUCAAGAUAACAUGGGGUGGACAGUGGGGUUUGGAAUUCCAGUUAUCCUUAUGUUGCUCGCAACUGUAUCAUUUUUCUUAGCUUCUUCAUUUUAUGUAAUGGUGGGGGUUAAAAGGAACAUGCUAAGUGGGUUAGCUCAGGUCCUUGUAGCCUCUUACGGAAAUAGACUUCUGCAGUUACCAAAGGAGGAAGAGAAUGGUGUCUACCACCUUGAGAAGGAUUCCGAUCUCCUAAUGCCAACUGAAAAAUUAAGGUUUCUCAACAAAGCAUGCAUCAUUAGAAAUCCCUUACAAGAUCUAACACCAGACGGAAGAGCAGUGAAUCCAUGGAAACUUUGCACAGUAAACCAAGUGGAAGAACUGAAGGCACUCGUGAAGAUAGUCCCAAUUUGGACAACAGGAAUCAUGAUGGCUGUGAACCUGAGUCAGGGUUCCUUUCUGGUACUAGAAGCAUCCUCCAUGGACCGCCACGUCACUUCAAACUUCCAAAUUCCUUCAGCCUCCUUUGGGACAUUUAUGAUUGUAUCUCUAAUACUUUGGGUUAUAAUUUAUGACCGCAUUUUCGUCCCUGUGGCAUCAAAGAUCAAAGGGUGCCCGGCACGCAUAGGAGCAAAACAAAAAAUAGGAGUUGGCCUUUUAACUAGUUGCAUAGCACUCGCAUCACUGGCACUUGUAGAGAGUAUUAGACGCAAAAUUGCUAUUGAGCAAGGGUAUUCGGAUGAACCACAAGCUGUGGUGAACAUGUCUGCUAUGUGGCUAUUGCCACGCCAAGUCCUUGAUGGAUUGGCUGAGGCCUCAAGUGUUAUUGGACAGAAUGAGUUUUUUCUCACUGAGCUACCUCCAUCUAUGUCUAGCUUAGCAUCCACUCUUAGUGGCCUUGGGACUUCGGUUGCAGAUUUGGUAGCAAGUUUCUUUCUGAGUGUUGUUGACAGUGUUACUGGAGGUGGAGGACAUGAAAGUUGGCUUUCAAGCAACAUAAACAAGGGCCAUUAUGACUACUAUUAUGCUUUUAUUUGUGCAUUGAGCUUUGUAAAUUUUGUAUAUUUUCUAUACUGUAGUAAAUCUUAUGGUCCUUGUAAGAGUAGAGGAAAAUAGGACUUUAUAUAUAUAGAUGAUAUAUUUAGUAACUGUGAGAUUAGUUAAGUGAACGUCACUAUCAUAUUGUGUAUUGGUGUGAUGACCUUAUUAUAUCUUUAUCACAUGUCAUUAUAAUUAUACAAAUGUCAUUAUAAUUAGGUGUAUUCACUA